UCAUCAGAGCAGCUUGUCUGCAGCAGCGCUCCCUGAUCAGACUGAUGUGGAGGAGAAUGGACUCGUGUGAGGAAACGUGGACGAACUUUAACACACAUGGACGAGAGCGUCUGGAAACAUCGACAGACCCUCGUUAAUCCUGGACCGUCCCAGAUGAGACAUCACAGAAAUGACUGUCCUCACUUUCACUGUGUCCGUGCUGUGCCUGCUGCCCCAGGCGGCGUUGGCCCGGUGGGCGUGUGUCCGGGCCUGUCCGGCGUCCUGCUCUUGCACUCAGGAGAAGAGCUGCAGCGUCCUGUGCGACCGCUCCGGCCUCGCUGAGCUGCCCAAAGAGUUUCCCUGCGAGGCCUCCGCCAUCAACGUGGACAAGAACCGGCUCAAGUUCCUGUCGGAGAGAGCGUUCGGGACGCUGCCGUCACUCAAGUCUCUGUCUCUGGACCACAACAACAUCUCCUUCAUCACUCCUGGAGCCUUCAAGGGCCUCUCCAACCUGGUGGAGCUGAAGAUGGCUCAUAACGAGUACAUCAGCUACCUCCACACUCGAACCUUCACGGGCCUGAAGAAGCUGGUGCGUCUGGACGUGUCCGACUGUAACCUCUUCAACAUCCCCGACCGGAUCUUCCUCGAGCAGCUGGCGCUGAGGGAGCUGUUCUGCUUCGAGAACAACUUCAGGAGGAUCCCCGGGGCCUUCAGGGGGAUGGAGAACCUCACGCACAUCUACCUGGAGAGGAACAGGAUCGAGGCCGUGGCCUACAACUCGCUGCUCGGCCUGGGGGGGCUCAAGUACCUGAAUCUCCAGGAGAACCGGAUCAACGUGAUCCACGACCAGGCCUUUCAGGACCUGCUGCGGCUGGAGAACUUCUACCUCAACGACAACCUGCUGACCGAUCUUCCUCGAUUCGCCUUCAAGGGCCUCAGCCGCUUCAAGAUGCUCAACCUGGGCGGGAACCGUCUGAUCAACGUGUCCAGGACCUGGUUCAGCGACCUGGUGGAGCUGGAGACCCUCUACCUGGACCGGAACCAGCUGCUGUUCAUCGAGGAGGGAACCUUCGAGAACCUGACGAGCCUCAUCACGCUGCACCUGAACAGCAACAACCUCACCACCCUCCCCUUCCCCGUGUUCCAGCCCAUCUACUUCCUGGCUCGACUCUUCCUCUUCAGAAACCCCUGGGAGUGCGACUGCUCCCUCAAGUGGCUGAAGGAGUGGAUGGAGAGCUACAAGCUGGUGCGGGACAUCCCCUGCUCCUCGCCCUCCUCCGUGUCGGGCCUGGACCUCAGCGAGGUGGUCUUUGCCAAGGUGAACGGCUCCUGCUUGGACCCGGGGGAGCUGAACCUGACCACGGCCUCCUCGGAGGUCGCCUCCACCACCGAGAACCGCUUCAACAGCCUCGUCUCCAAGCUGCUGCAGCAGGAGCUCCGGGAGGAGAUGGGGAACGGGACCGAGAGCUUCCGCAACGGGACGCUGCUGGAGGAGGGGCAGCUCUCCUCGGGGGUCGGAGGUCGAGGGGCCGGCCGAUCACUUGUCGGCUUCACCGUGGGCUGGCUCCUCUUCACUGCGAUUGGCCCGUCAGAUGCUCACGCUGGUCUUUAUUGCACAUGAGGAGCUGAGGAACCAGGAAGUAGAUUUUCAAAUUGCCGAUGAGAUGAAGGAGAAGUCGUCGCUCGGCCGAACGAAGGAUUUGUUGUUCGCAGACUGACGAUGUUUCUACUCACGAGGUUUACGUCCAAUAAUCUAUGAUAUUUAUAGACAUGUCGGCUUCAGACUCAUCUCCUGCAGCAGGUGUUGAUUUCAAACAGCGGAUUAAUGCGUCGAGAGGAAAAUGUCGACGUGAACGUCCACCUUUUGUUGCAUAAUAACUCAAUUGAAUUAACAUGAUGUAAUAUGUUGGAGUGUUUUCUUGGUGUUUCAUUGGCUGAAUGUAUAAAGUGAAGGAGUCCUUAUCUCCUGAACAGAUGUCCUGCUCCUUUCUCUUCAUGUCGGCUCUGCAGCUUGUUUCUGUAAAUGCAUUAAUCUUCUUAUUGCUCGCGGCUCCGUGACGUCGGGCAGCGAGCGGAGACACUUUGCUUCUGCCUCCUAUGGACGGACGGUUUCAUCUUUAUGGACGUGAUCUCUCUCCGUACCGGGGGGCGUAGUGGGUGUGACCACCAUAUGUCGGCUCGUGGACUGUGGGGGAGGGAACGGUGUCAGAGAAGCUUUCAGGUUUCCUGCGUUCUUCAAAGUUCUCGUUCGUAGAUCCACCGACGAGCAGCGGAAAACGAUAGAAAAGUACAAACCAGAUCAAUUGUGCUCUGUCGUGUUGUUUCCUGGUGAAUGUGAGUUCGGUCCGAUUCCACUUCGCUCUGUCGCUGUUCAGUUUUCGAAAUAAAAUAAAUUCUGCUGAACUUUUCACUCGUCUGCUCGUGACCCUCAGUCGCUCCAGCGCUGGUGCAGCAGUUAAUCUGCACGUUGGCCCGAUGGCCCUUUAAUGUGGGAUUAGACGGCUGCAGGCUGGAAGCUGCACCUCACACAGAGCUUUGAAAUCCAGAAACACUUCAGUAUUAUUGAUUUAAUAUUCAAGUGUGACACUGAUUCACAUUUAGAGAACAAAUUAUUUUGAAUCUGUAUAGAACAGUGUAAAAUACUGGUUAGUUUCUGGAGGGUGGGAGGAAGUGGAGAAGAGGUGUUCAUCUUUAUUUAAAGUCUUUGGUUCACACAUCUUUAAAUUUCUUCACUUUCUAACAGAUAAACCUGAAACUAGGACAUUCGGCACUUUUAUAAAAAUAAAGUCUCGUUUAGAUUUAUGUUCCUGGACGUCUCCGACUCGAACAGAGGAGACGAGGCCAUUUUCCUUUUAAGAGAAUUUGAUAAAAGUCUGAACAUCUGUCCUCAGUCGCCGUUUGUUCACUUUAAAGCUGCAGGAUUACGACAGUGACCCGGCGUCAGGCUCACUCCAGCACUUGGUUUGAUUGAAACCACAAAACUCAGAGUUCAGCCGAGUGCACGUUCUCCUCAAAUAUGAAACGCAGCCGCACAAAUGUCAUAAACUGUCACGUCAAGGCUUUUUCUUUAUCAGUUUGUUAAUCGUCUUCAGGAAUAUUUUUAUCUUUUAUACUUGACAGCUGAAAACUCAGUUAUUAAGUUUAUUAUCAUGUGAAACUGAAUAAGAAGCAAACAGAACCUGAAACCAACAAAUGUUUAAAAAUGAUUUUUAAAGAGAAAAUAGU